AUGGCAGGCCAUCACCGUGCUCAUAGCUCACUAUCAUCGGACAUAUCGCCGACAUCUGCGGGCAACAGAUCGGGUGAUUUCAUCACUCAGGUGCCUGGCGGUGAUGUUCCACCCAUGCCUUCACUAACUCCUCCAACGGUUGGAGGUCUUCAAUGUCCAACGCCUACACAAACUCCGCCGGCAGCUGGUGGUCUGCCGCGUCCAUUACCUACACAGACUCCUCCACCAAUUGGUAUUAGCCGGAGCGCAAGCUCCGCUGGCGCGUAUCGCAGAGAGAGACCACUCAGUAGGAGUAUACCAUAUCAAACCGGAUACUCAAAUGAGUUUGACGGCCCCAUGUCUGCGCGAUCCUUGAGGUCUACAAGGUCACAACGCUCAACUAGACCCCUUCGCAGUGAUGAUCGGGACGAUUGGGACGAUGAGGACUACUACUACGAGCGAGACCGGGACGCCUGGCGCAGCCGCGACAUGGACAGAUUCCCAGGACGACAACGAUCGAUGCGCGAAGGCACUCGGCCGCCACAGGCGUGGCGUAACCGCAGUCUUUGGGACGGGUCUGACUCGUCGAUAUCUCUUUCAAAGCCAUAUUUUGUUGAUGAGACAGCUUCCCAGCGCGAACUGCGCAUCCGGGACGAAGAGAUGGGUUACGUUCCUACGUGGAGCAGCCUAAGUCGCGAGCAAAAGGUUGAAGUUCUCCGCCUGCCAUUGACGCACUGGAUGAACUCGGAGCUCAAGAACCACUUUGUCGCCAGCACGGGAGAGUUCAUCGGAACGUCACUCUUUCUCUUCUUCGCUUUUGCCGGUACCGAAGUGGCCAAUCUAGGGUCACAGGCCAGUGACUCCAAUUUUGACAUUGCCAGGCUGCUUUACAUUUCCAUUUGUUUUGGCUUCUCCCUCAUGGUCAAUGUGUGGAUCUUCUUUCGAAUCAGCGGUGGUCUAUUCAACCCUGCCGUUACCCUGGCCAUGAUGCUCGUCAAGGCCAUCCCGCCAGUUCGAGCCGGGUGCUUGUUUGUGGCCCAAAUUCUCGGGGCAUUGCUCGCCUCCGUCAUUGUCCGCUUCCUGUUCCCCGGGAGUUUCAGUGUUCGCACCAGCCUUAGUGACGGCGUCAGUCUCGUACAGGGCGUCUUUAUCGAGGCAAUCCUGACGGCCGAGCUGGUCUUUACCAUUUUCAUGUUGGCCAAAGAGAAGCACCGGGCCACGUUUAUUGCGCCUGUCGGCAUCGGUCUGGCUUUGUUCAUUGCCGAGCUGGUGGGCGUAGCGUUCACUGGGGGUAGUCUAAAUCCAGCAAGAAGUUUUGGUCCUUGUGCUGUGACGGGACAAUACGAGGCAGAACAUUGGAUUUAUUGGAUUGGCCCAAUCCUGGGGGCAUUGAUCGCAGUCGUCUUUUAUCGUUUCAUCAAGACUCUGGAAUAUGAGAUGGCCAACCCAGGUGCCGAUGGCGACGUGGCCAAUGAUCCCACUAUUAACCCGGAGAAGAGGGCAGAAAUCCAGAGCCACAGGAAGCGAUCCAUGUCAGUAGCAUCACACUAUCAGUAG